CUUUAUUUAUUUUUAAUUUUAUAAAAUAAUUUUUUUUAAUUUUUUUAAUAUCUAAAAAUUCUAAUAAAUUUUAAAAUAUUCGAUAUACAUUUGAAUAUGUAAAAUUUAUCAUAUGCAACAAUCGUUAUGAAAACUUAAGAUGCACGAGAAUGGAUCUCGUAGAAUAUAAGAUAAUAUUGCCUUGUUAAGAGACAAUAAAAUUAUUCUCGGAAAGAAUUCAACACGAUCAUCGUCAAAUAUAAUCUUUCGAAAAAGCACGUGUAUUAAUCUAUUAUACACGUGAUGUUUUAAAUCAUUUUUCAUCUUCUUAAAUUAAUUAAAUAAUUUUGUCCAUAUCAGAAAUAUAAGGAAUAUAUUUUUGAAUAUUCAAAAUUCAAUUCUUCGAAAUUCUUCGAAAUAUUUUAACUUUUUAUUUUGUCUUGAAAUCGAUGGAGAAAAAAGUGAAGUAAUUCGAAAGUGAAAUUUUCGAAUCUCGAAAGGAAAAAAUAAAAUAUAAAAACAAAUCAAGAAGACAGAUCAAAUGAUUAUAUUACAUUGAUAUUACUUGUUAUCAUCACACGAUCGCAAGACUUAAGCUUGCACCAAUAUCAAAAAACAAAAUUUUGUUCAAAAUUCAAUUUUCAAGUCAAUAGAAAUCUUUAGAAAAAAAAAGUAGAAAAAUGCAAUGAUGCGAGUAAAUAAAUUAUCUCUUCUCUAUCUCUAUCAGAAGAAAGAAAUGGCCGGAACAGAUUUAAUUCCCUUUGAUUAGAUCCAUUGCGUAUUCUGGUGAAUACGGUUCAAAGGAAACGAGAAAUUCUGGUGGGGCGGCUCGAAAUCCUCUUGGCCCUUGUUAAACCUCGCUUCUUGGGGUCGAACAAUGCAUUUCGUCGGCAUCCUCUGUUUCUCCGGUGAUUGCACAUAAAGCUGCCAUUAUUAGAACUUCAGUGGGCGGGAGAAGUUUGCUGCUUUUUCCAGCCACGCGUUUUCGCGCUUACUCUUACGCACAAUUUGCUCGCGCGCGUUUCGUUCCUAUCCACUCCAUGUGGCCGCCAGUUGCACCACGACUCUCGUUCCUUCGUGUUCGCACCGCCGCGUGCGACGUCGAUCGAGGCAAAAUAUAACACUAAAAUCAUUCCAUUUCACAUCAAUUUUACCACGUGAACAGAGGACGGCGCGCGCUGUUUCCAGGCGAAGAAAUUUUCAAAUCUGAUGUGAGCUUGAAUUUUCCCGUGUUCAGAGCUGUGCAAUCAUAUAAUUCUUCGCGUUCGCGCCACUGUACACGUAUCGAAACAUGUGAUAUAAGAACUAUCCAUUUUAUUCCAUUAUUUCACGUGAACAUAGACCCUACGCGUUUCGAGGCAGACAAAUUUUGUGAGAAAUCUUCGAGAUGAUUGCCAUAUCGCGAAUCUCAUUUCUUAACGUUCACAUCAGAAAUUAAACGAACUACUUUUUGUUCUCUUAUCUAAAUUUUUACCACACCAGAAAUGAUAUAGGCGAUUUCGAAUCGGAAAGUUUGCAUGUGACAAAAAUCUCGAGAAAAGAUGUGCGAUUGUCGCGAUCGCUAUUAUCGCUUGCUCUACUUUCGACCACGCUCGCGAUCUAGUUUCUGAUUCGCGGUGAAUCGUUAAUUGUCGCCACGAGUUUUUCGCGAUACGCAAAGUUCGAGCUUGCUAGAGUUUCCUCGAAGAAUUAUUUUCUCUCGUAUGUAAAAAAUUGUGUAAAAUGAUAUUUUUUUUCCGUAUCCUGUAUCGUUUUCUUAAAUUUGUGUAAAAUUGAUUUAUGACAAUUCAAAUGGGAAUUCUAUCCACCAUUGCGAAACUUCUCUCGUGAAGUUUAUAGAACAGUGCAGCAUCGCUCUCUGUUAAUUAUUGCAACAGUUUAAACGCAAGAAUCGUAGAAUUCAAUUCUUUUUUAAACUUAUCAAGCGAUCUAUCCGUGAAUAUCGAUUAUCACAGUGAUCAAAGUGAUACCAAUGAUUCACAAUCAAUCAAGUUCUAUCUAUUCAAACUUAGUUGAAAAAGAAAAGAGAAAUGUCCAGAAAAAUGUCCAGUUGCAACAAGAUCAACAUAACCUCAACGUCCGCUUUUCGCCGUGGAAAGCAAUGCAUAUGAAUCGAAGAGACAAAAUGAGAAUAUCAUCGAUUUCUUCGAUCCUCUCGUCACGACAUAACUACAUCCAAAGCAUAGAGAGUAGAAACAUGCCCCUCAGAUUUCAAACGAUCGGAAAAUUCGAUUGAAGUCUCGCCGAAAGGAAACGUCAUGACGCAAUCGAAACUUCCGAGUUUUCUGCUCACCACAUGGCUGCUGCUCGGCACAAUAGCGACGAAAUCAAGAAUGGGAGAGUUUCUACACAGUUUGCAAGAAUACGAGAUCGUUUAUCCUCGAGUGAUCUCGAAUGAGAACGGUAGAGGAAGGAGAUCGACUCGAGAAAGUUUGGAACCGAUGCUCCUCGAGAUCAGCAAUUGGACAUUGAGAACCGUAGUCAACGAUCGUUUCCUCUUCUCUUCAAAUUUCACCGUGGAUUGGGUGAAACGCGGAAAAAGGAGGUUAGAGGAUCACGAAAAGGCAAGAUGCGAUUUACGACGGGGAAGUUUGGAAGGUGACGAGAGUUCUUUCGUCGUGGUUACUAUCUGUGAGGAGGACGUGUAUGCUAUGAUGUUGACUGGUCAAAAAUCGUUCUUCGUGCAACCAUUGACGAACGGUGAACACGUUAUGUUCCAGUCGAAGCAGGCUAGAUGGUGGUCGACGAGAGAAAAUUUGGGUGACGAUGUUAUCGUUGCAGAGAAAUCGAAGAAAGAAAGAAAAGAUAAAAAAUCGAAGCGAAGAAGACGGGAAUCGUUGAAUCACGAUGUUCAGACAUUUUACAAUCUUUCCGGUGACAUAUUUGACGUGGAGUAUCCAGAAGCUGAGAAAUUAAUUUUAUACGAUGAGAAAGACGAAGUAUCUGCAGAGUAUAACGAUACCAGUGUGGAAGAAUUACCGAUUGACGUAAAUUCUGAGGAGAUUGGACAUUUUUCUGGGCCCAAAUGGCAAAGAAACAAAAUAUCGAGGAGAAAACAAGGCAGUAAAGAAUCGCCGCCACGAUGGUUGGAGCUUGGAAUAGCUGCAGAUUAUUCUGUGAUCGAUUUUCACGGAAUUCGAGUACAACAAUAUAUCUUGGCACUUUUGAACAUCGUCAGCGCGAUUUAUAUGGACCCAUCUCUCGAUUCGAAUAUGGUUCUAGUGAUCGUGCGAAUGAUUUUAUACGCGGAGAAAAGAGAUGGAAUGGUUCGCCGUGGUGACGCCAGACGUUCUCUCGAAAACGUAAAUAAAUGGAAUAGAAAAAUGUUAUCCUCGGCAGAUGUAAAUCAUGAUGUUGCAGUAUGGCUGACACGGUUGGAUAUAGGAGGCCCUUCCGGGUACGCACCUGUGUCGGGGGUAUGCGAUCCCUCCAGAUCAUGCGCUUUGAAUCGAGACGAGGGUUUGACCAGUGCUUUUAUCAUAGCGCAUGAGGUGGCACACAUUCUAGGCUUGACUCACGACGGGGACGAGAUGACUGGAAACGCUUGCAAAGAAGAGGGAUCUCGAGGAAGCGUGAUGGCGCCCAUGGUCGCGGCCACGUUCCACCACUUCUACUGGUCCGCCUGUUCCAAAAAGGAAUUCCAUCGAAGAGUGAGACGGUGGUCCUGUUUGCUGAACAAACCGAGACACGAUAGCCUAGGCCAAUUAAGAACAACUGUUCGGGAAACGUUCACCAUGGACGAGCAAUGUCGCAUGGAAUUUGGCGAAGGUUACGAGCAUUGCAAAACUUUUGACAUCGAGGAACCAUGCUCCCGUUUAUGGUGUGGCAACAGCAAUAUUUCUGAGUCUUGCAAGACAAAGAAGGGACCGCCGUUGGAAGGCACGUUGUGUGGAACCUCGAAGUGGUGCAUAAAGGGUCGAUGCGUAUCGACGAAUAGAAAAAACUUCGAUUUUGGCGUGAUACUGAAUAAACCUAGAAACGGAGGCUGGAGCGGGUGGGCCUCCUGGAGCAAGUGUUCCAGAACCUGUGGAGUAGGAGUACAGUGUCGAACGCGAAAGUGCAACAAGCCUCUGCCAGCCUACGGUGGAAAAUACUGUUCAGGCCCCAGCGACGAUUGUAGGGUAUGCGAUUUGCCAAUGUGUCUAACCUCGAUCGAUCUCAGAGCUCAACAGUGCACCAAAUUGGCCAAUAUUCUUUAUCUCGAGAGAUUCGAUUCCACUAGCGACGUAACCUGGUUACCUCACGCCUCCAAUCAGGAGAAUCUGAGAUGUCGAUUGGUUUGCAGGAGUAAAGAGACGGACGAGAUAUUUUACACGAGAAAGCAUUUGAUCGAUGGCACCCCAUGCUCUUACGGAUCGACAGAUAUAUGUAUACAGGGCGAGUGCCAUGAAAUGGGAUGCGAUCACGUUUUAGGAUCGAAGAAAGUGUUCGAUCUAUGCGGUGUAUGCGAUGGUGAUAAUUCGAGCUGCGAAAAUAUCGUCACCAAGUUCCAUCGGAAGCUUCGACGAGAAGUAACACGAGUCGCUAUAAUACCACGAGAGGCGUACAAUUUGUAUAUGAACAUCACAAUAGCUGGAUCUCCGCACUUCCACAGAGAUAACUUGACAAUCGUGAUUGGUGAUGGCAGGAGAAGACGAAACGUUCAGGAGAAUUUAGCUUCUCGAAAGCGAGAUAUAACGAUCGUUCAAGGUGCUGCCUUUCGAGUUCAGAAACGUGGUAAUAACACGUAUUCCAUAGAGGCGAAUGGUACUACGUUUGAAGAUGUCGUCAUUUUGCUUAUAGUAGCAAAGAAUACGAUACAUCAAGGAAUCUCGACUACGGUUUCCUUGAGAUAUUUCUUAAAUCGCGAUGAAAGGAGCGCUAAGGAUAGAUACGUAUGGCUAUUCGGUGGUUGGAGCUUUUGUUCGGCCAGUUGCGGUGGUGGAACCCGUCAGAAAAUGAUAGUCUGCAAGGAUGAGAAAACAGGGAGAAUAGUGUCGCGAAGAAAAUGCCCGCUGACGACCAAACCGAGUCAAGAGAUAGAGAAAUGCAACGUCUUUAGUUGUACCUUCAAAUGGAUACCAGGCCCAUGGGAAACAUGUUCAACUACGUGUGGAAAAUUUGGCCUACAAUUACGACAGCUUUAUUGCAUUCAUUCGGGUUUCAAUGGAACAGAAAUAAAUAGGAAUAACGAAAUAGAAGUGUACAGAACGAUGGUACAAUCAUCCAUAUGCCAAUCGAGCCCUAUGCCUACGAGUACCAGAGAAUGUAACAGGAUUCCUUGCCCUGGACGUUGGAUUUUUACAGACUGGUCCUCGUGCUCGAAGAAAAAUGGGAAAGGUAUACAGUCGCGAAUAGCCAGAUGCAUUCCUCCAGAGAACGAAUCGUUUUACAAUUGCGACGGUCCAACCGUAAAAACGGAAAUCCGUUCUUGCACCGGUCACGUGACCAGAGCUAUCGAAUUUCCAUCUCGCUGCCUCAGAGACAAGAAUCGAUUCUGCUCCAUACCGAGUUUGAAACGAUACUGCAACGUAGUUGCUUUUAGAAAAAGGUGUUGCCGUUCUUGCGAAAAUUUUGAUUCGUCGAAUUCUUUCGAUCGGGAACACCGCAUGUUGCAAACUUGAAUUAAACUUAAAAUUUCUUUUAAAAAAAAAUAUUUAUUGUUUGCGAUGAAUUUAAGAUAGAAUUUAUUUUAGCAUUUAAAUUAUUUCAACAAUAUUAGAUAUUGAGAUGAAAGAUUGUGGUAACAGACUAAGAUUUAUUUAAAUUUCGAGUAUACAAUACACAGUGACAUUAUUUAUUAGUGCGAAUUAAAAAUCUAAUGAAAUAAAUCCAAAUCAAGAAAAAAAAAUCGGGAUGAUCAAACACUUUGUAAUAAAUAUCGAAGAUAAAAUGGUAAUAUGGAACUUUGCAUAUUGUUGCAUUGCCAAUUAUAUGUAUAUCAUAAUUUAUUCGUUUGACGAAUACUAAAAAUUAUUCAAAUCAUAUUUGUUAAUAAUUUAUUGAUAUUUAAAAUAAUUUUCAAUUAUUUUAAUUUUUUUAUAUACACAAUCAAAAUUAAAAUUUCGAUAAAAAUAUAUUAUAUUCAACUUAAUCAUAAAAUAUAUUAUUUGAGUAUUAUUUUUAUUUUUUUAGAUUAAUAAUAUUUAAUAAUAAUAAAGCUGCAAUAACAAAUUAUAUCAUAUUAUAUAAAUUGCAUAUGAUAUUCCAUAUUAUCAUAUUCUCUUCCAAAUCGUUAAACAAGCUUCUACAACUCGUUUUUUACGAGUAGUAGAGAAAUCGGAAGAUUCGAUUCGAUCGAAGAAAUUUGCAUUUUCUUUCAUAUACUGUCCUAUGUUAUAUCCUUCGACUUCCGUUUCCUCCAAUUCACGCCUGAGACUAUAGCUGUUAAAAUCAGCGAAGAUAUGUUCAUAACAAAAAGAUAUGUACGUAAACAUAUGUAUAGGGUGUUCCAGAUUUAUAGACGCAAAUAAAAUGUUUAAAAAAUAUCAAUUUUUAAAUAUAUAUAUAUAUACGAUGUAUAUAAGUUAAAAUAUUUUGUAUAAUUUUAUAUAUUGAAUUAUUUAAUUAAUAAACAAACGAUAAAAUA